UGCGUCAGAGUCACGUGGGUUUGCCCUGGGAAGCGGGAGGGGCGGCUGCAGGGGGCUGCCCGGCUUGGCGCGCGCUUGUAAACAGACAUGGCGGCGGCAUCUGCAGUCUCGGCGGCCUUAAGCCUCCUGCAGCGUCGGGGCGGUUUGGUUGCGGCGGCGGCUCCAGCCGCUCUGUCCUGUUCCUCCUCUUCGUUCUCUCUGGCCCACCUGAGGGGGUCGGCGCGCGGGUGCUGCUCGACCGCCGUGAGGAGGUACAGUUUGGAGGCGAAAUCGGGGGAGGAGCAGGAGGUACGAGUUCGGUACCUGGACGACGAGCACAAAGGAAUUGUAGUACUUGGAAUAAACAGAGCACAUUCAAAAAAUGCCCUUAAUAAAAAUGUUAUAAAAAUGAUAUCAAAAGUUCUGGAAGCUUUGAAAAGUGACAAAAAAGUACGGACGGUUAUAUUCCGAAGUGAAGUUCCUGGGGUAUUUUGUGCUGGUGCUGACCUUAAAGAAAGAGCCAAAAUGCAUUCUAGUGAAGUAAGCUCUUUUGUUUCCAGAGCAAGAGCAACGAUUAAUGAUAUAGCUAAUCUUCCAGUGCCAACUAUUGCUGCCAUAGAUGGCAUCGCGCUAGGAGGUGGCCUAGAAUUGGCUUUAGCCUGUGACAUUAGAGUGGCAGUGACUUCUGCAAAAAUGGGUCUAGUUGAAACCAAGUUAGCUAUCAUUCCUGGAGCAGGGGGAACACAGAGACUACCUCGUACAAUUGGAGUGUCUCUGGCCAAAGAACUAAUCUUUUCUGCUCGUGUUAUUGAUGGUAAUGAAGCAAAAUCAAUAGGCUUAAUCAGUCAUGUGGUGGAACAGAAUGAAGCAGGGGAUGCUGCCUACAGAAGGGCAUUAGCCCUAGCAGCAGAAUUUUUGCCUCAGGGACCUGUAGCAAUUAGAGUUGCAAAACUGGCUAUCAAUCAAGGGAUGGAAGUGGAUAUGUUAACAGGUUUAGCAAUUGAAGAAGCUUGUUAUACUCAGACUAUUCCAACAAAAGAUAGAAUUGAAGGCCUCCUUGCUUUUAAAGAAAAAAGACCCCCUCACUACAAAGGAGAAUAGGAAAAAAGAGAAGACUUGAAAAUGUGAAUGAAAUAAACAUACUACUGGAAUGUCUUUUUAGCUGUCCUUUGCCUCAGACUCUGAGAUACCGCAACCAUUAAAGGAAAAGUAAACACUCAUACUUUGAAAUCUGUAAUGUAUUCAAAUGUAUAUUCAGCCUUACUCCUUAUGAUUUCGAAGGCUUCUGUUUACCUGCAAGGUCACUAGGCUGUAUACCACUUGUAUCUUAUAUGUAUGAAAUGCAGUCCCUAUAAAUUCAAUGCACAGAACUUUUAAUAUGCAUAAAGUUAUCAUAUCAAAUGUGCACAUGCUGUUGAACAGAAUAAUUUCAUUGAGCAUACCAAAACUGUUAUGUAUUUGCACAGAAUUUUUAAUUGAAUAUAUAGAUCAAAAAAGAACAUAAACUUUAAACUUUGUUAAUAAAGAUAGUUUAAUUAAGGUAAGAAAAAGUAACCACAGAGAUGUGUAUUUUAUAUAAUGUUGGUACAUGGAAACAGUUGGAUUAUGGUUCAACGUUGUAAUAUGGUGCAAGUGUUAUCUUAGGCCCACUCUGCACAAGCCAAAACAACAGCCCAGGCAUGGUAAAAACACUGUUCGGGCGGGGGGGGGGGCACUUUGCAAGGUUGCCGCCUCCGAAAUAAGGCACCACUGUGUUUCCCCCCACCCCCCAACCAGCAGUAAAACAGUGUUUUUAAGACUUGCUAAAUGAGCGAACGGCACCGGGCGAGAGGUGCCACUUUUAAGUGUGUCCUGUUUAAAAAUUUACCUUCUCACCCUGCACAGUUCCGCAGGGACAAGGAGACAUGCCCAUGCUGCCCUUUGACCCCCAAAGCGUUGCUAUGGCUGCGGGGGCGUGUCUCCUCAUCCCUCCGGAGCUACGCAGGGAGAGAAGGUAAGUUUUUAAAAAACAGGAUAUGCCUUUGUGGAGGCACAGCUAACUAGCCACACCUCAGUGUGGGUUAGGAUUUGGGAUGCACACACGACUCAGAGGCAAAAAUGAGUAAAAUAUCUUUUAAAGUUUAUUGAAUAGUAGCAUCGCCUCAAAAAAUGAAACAAUAAAAAUAAUAAAAAUAUCCAUAGUUUAGCAUAGCUUUCAUUCCAAAAAGCAAGCAAAGUAAAAGACAAAAGAAUAGUUUAUCACUAGCAGUCAAGGAAUAACAGCAUCAUAUCAUAUAUGAAGUAGCAGCCGGGAAAAAAAGAUUGUUGGUUAGAAUAUUGAAAGACAAUUAUAGAGAAACUAUAGGUCAGGUGGCAUGAGCAGACCAAUCUGCAAUUAACAAAGACGGUUAGUGAGAAAAUCAUUAUUGCUAACAGGUGCAAAUACUUGAAAAUUUUAGCCACUAGGGAAACAUCCCACAGCUGGGCUGUGACCUUCAGCCAAGGCAGUUUCUCGGUGUCAGUUGGAGCAAGCUGGGAGAGAGCCAGAGAAACAAGAUUAUUUUGAGAACCACAUUUCAACAAUACGUCCGCAUGAAGAUGGCUAGUUGUGCCAACACAGGCAGUUUCUCCACAGCCUCCUUGCAGAGGUGCCUCUGGAAGCUGCCCACGAGGAAGCAUGCAAACGGCCCUGGGGCUCCACCGCUAUCAAGUAUACCAGUGAGCAGCAACUUCACUGACCCAUGCAGAAAUUUGUUGAAUAUUUCAGAUUGCUUCAAUAAGGCUGCAGAUUGCAGCUCUAAAAAUAUCUGUGACAUCUUGGAUUUUUCUCAGUGCUUUUAUAUUAUGUUCCAAUCUAAGGAAAAUGUUUCUUAUUGUCUUACUAUAGUACUUGACCUUGGAACUGUUAAACAGAUUUUAAAAGAUCAUGAUACUUCAUAUUGAAAUCAUAUCAGAGUAGAGAUCAUAUUGAAAAUCCGUGAAAGAAUUCUAUUAUUGAAAUAGUGCUGGAUGAAAUUUACCAUAAUUAAUUAUUGACACCAUUGGUACACAAAGAAUUGCAGGGCAGAUGUCUUGAAAAUUUUCCCCAUGCUUCACAUUUCCCUUCUGGGAUUCUGUAAACCCUUUCAGAUUUGACAAGGCCAAUUUCCCCUCUUUCUGUUUUCUAUUUUUUGUUUAAUUACUACAUUAAACUAUUUUCAACUUUC